UUGUCCAGGGACCACUCCUCCCCCCGUCCUGACACUGGCGCGUGUUCCUCGUGCCGGAAAGAAAUGAGUAGUCGCGGCGGCAGACGUUUCGUCGAGCCGUGAAAGGGACGCUCGCAUCGAUGAUGAGUGGCGCCUAAUCAAAUCGACCAAGUGCGCAUAUCGAGUGGCAGCUUACCGCUGCCCUCGCGAGGCUGCUCCGGAAGUCCGAAACCUCGCGGAUGUUUUGCUUGGAGCAUGACGAUGAAGAACGACGGAAGCUUUCAACGGCAGGGCGGCGACGACAGCGCAGCCUCUAGCAGCAGCGCCGAGCGUCCUCCUCCGAUGCGGCGGCGGUGUUCUGCAACAGCCGCCGCGCGCUGUCCAGUACGUGCCCUGACCUUGACCGUGUUGUUGACGCUGCUGCACUUGGCCCUCCUGCUGCCCGAACAGGCAGCUGCUCAAGAGGAGGACAUCGCGACGACGACGACGACGACGACGACGACGACGACGACGACAAAGAGACCGACUUUUUCCAAGCCUCGCGAGAAAGGGCUCGCCAAGCACAUCUGCAAGGGCACGCAGAAGUUCACCAACACCAUCAACCUGCUGCUGACGUUCGGAAAGAAAGUGUUGGAGGACCCGAGGCCGCUCAAGAUCGGUCAGGAGCUGGGUCUGAACGUGACGCUCAACGGACUUGACUCGCUGUCGCUGCGUGGAACCCCGCAGACUUUCUGCAACGAGAGCGUCGCCGAAGCACUGCUACCGCUCAGGCUGUCGCCUUCGAUCGUGCUGCACCGUAGGCGUUCCAUCCUGUUUGGUUCCAACAGCGACAGGAACGUCUCCUACACGCUCAGCGGACUCGAGAUGGACGUCGGCGUGCGAGUAAACAGGAACGACCCGAACCGGCACGUGGAGAUCACGUCGUUGGAUAUCGUGUACGUGGACUCGGUCGAGAUCGAGGUGAAAACGUUCGCGCCCAUCUCGGGCCGGCCGGUCACCUUGUUCCUUGAGCGGCCACCCACGGCCGUUAAGCUAGCUAUGCUGAGGCCCAUCAUUCAGGCCGGAUUGCAGAGGAUGAUCGACAGCGGAGGCUUUAAGUUAUCGUCGUAAUAAAAUGGUGGUUU